AUGUACUCUUCAAUCAAGCUUAAACACAACUUGCCAUCUUCAAUCAGCCCUCAGCCUAAAACACUUAUCAUGGCUUCACCUCCAGCCUCAACUAAAGUAGUUCACAAUUUCUUCCCCAGAUUUCACGUCUACGAGGACGGCCACAUCGAGAGGUUUCACAACUAUGUUUCUGUCCCUCCGACCGACAACCCAGAAACCGGCGUUCAAUCCAAAGAUGUCGUCAUUAUAACAGAAAAUAACGUCUGGGUCCGAAUUUACCUUCCCAAUGUCACCGACGGUGCUCAGAAAUUCCCCGUUCUAGUCUACAUCCACGGCGGCGCCUUCACCCUCGUGUUCGCCUCCUCCGCUUCCUACGAGAGGUUUCUCCACUCUGUGACAGCCAAAGCCAACGUCGUAACCAUUUCAGUCGAGUACAGUUGA